GCAAUUAUCUCUCAUGUGCACACAACAAUGUGCAUUUAUCAAAGCAGUUAUAUUAACUCCUAAUCAAAUUGAUGUCAUGUGUUGUGUCUCCCUCGUGUUUACCAAAAAACAAGAAAAAAAUGUCCCUCUCUUGCUUGACCUCCCAUCUUCCAUCUCCAUCUCUGUUGUCUGGAUAACAACAGUGCUGUGCUAGUUCUGGCUUUCACUAGUGUCGUGCGCAGAGGACUUUAGUGGGACCAGUGGCAUCGUCUGUAAAGCAACGGCAUUUUGGUUCCUUACCCCGGUAAACCUUCAGGGGGCUUUCUUAGCAUUCAUUUGUUCAGUCUGCUGGAAGUCUCUGGAAAACAUCUAAUUCGUUUUAUAACCAACCCCAGAUGCGGCAGUGUGUGUGAGAGAGUGUGUGUGUAUGCGUGUGUGUUAGCCAGUGCUUGAGAGAAGGGGUCUUGCUGCAAGGGGAAAAGGAGAACGAAGAAACAAACGGUUUGGAAUUUUUCGAUUCAAACGUUUUUUUGGUUUUAGGAAUGAACGCAGAUACGUGCGUUUCAUAUUGUGAUAUGACAUCCAUGGAUUCAUAUUAUAACACGCCUUCGCCACACGGUAGGGAUGACCAACCAUCGAAUCCCUUCAGAAUAUUCCAAACGAGUGAAACCAAAUACAGCCCAACGUUCCUACCUAAAGGGCAACAGGGUUACGGGGAGAAGUCUCGGAGUCCUUUCCAACAGGAGUGCCAGUCACUGGAUGGCGGCACAGAGGAGGGCAACAACUUCAACAAAUACCACCUCUUCAUGCAACGACCGACCUGCAAAACACCCCCGGAAGGCGAAAAACUCCACCAGCAAAGCGGAGGACACAACGGCGCGCUCACCCCCUGCUACGCCAAAGACAACGGCGGUCUAACCGAAUCUGAGCACACCCCCAACACCGACUCCCCCGGGAUGGAAGGUUCCUACCUGAACCUGAAGGAACCAGGGUCAGGGGUCAAAGGUCAGGGCCCCAGCUCCGACCACCUCUCCAGUCUCAUGGACAAGGGGAGCGAGGCGGCCGACAGCAACAAGGGAAAGAAGAGACGUAACCGUACCACCUUUACCUCCUACCAGCUGGAGGAACUAGAGAAGGUGUUUCAGAAGACACAUUACCCUGACGUCUACGUCAGAGAACAACUGGCGUUGAGGACGGAUCUGACAGAGGCUAGAGUACAGGUGUGGUUUCAGAACCGGCGUGCCAAGUGGAGGAAGAGGGAGAGGUUUGGUCAGAUGCAGCAGGUCAGGACUCACUUCUCUACUGCCUACGAGCUCCCCCUCCUCACCAGGCCAGAGAACUACACACAGAUCCAGAACCCAUCGUGGCUGGGUGGGGGCAGCGGCGCCUCUCCUGUACCUGGCUGUGUGGUGCCCUGUGACGGAUCUGUCACCUCCUGCAUGCCCCCACACCCCCAUGGAGGGGUCUCCGACUACCUAGGCGUGCCCAGCCCGGGCGUAGGGGGCCAUGAGGGUCACAUGGGACAGACACACAUGGGAAGCCUCUUUGGGGCUGGGGGAAUGGGCGGAGGGGGUGGGGGUCUCAAUGGGUACGACCUGACCAGUGUCGACCCAGACAGAAAGUCUUCUAGCAUCGCGGCGCUGCGUAUGAAGGCUAAGGAACACAGCGCAGCCAUCUCCUGGAACACAUGAUGCUAUGGGAUUGUUCCUGGGUCUGGCCCCACCCCGGUAGGACACGCCCUAACUCUGCCUCCUCACCCAGACUCUCCUGAACCUGGACAAGGCCAUGCCCAGUAUUGGGAAGGAGGAGGAGCAGGAGGAGCAGGAGAAGGAAGAGGAGGAGGAGGAGGAGGAGGAGGGCCAGGAUGGGACUAUGACUAUGCCACCUGAUAGCACUAAUGAUACCAAAGAAGGUCAAAUGAAUGAAUGAAUGAACUACAACCGAGACGAUAGGAAAGACCUUCACAGGAAACAAUGACGGUUACAGCGAGUUCAACAACUAUGACGUGACUAUGACAAUCAGCAGGAGACGCUGAGAAAGAAAGGUGAAACGAAGAGGGAGGGGUGAUACCUGAUCCCUCAGAUCUCUGAAGGGGGAACGUGCCAUUUUCCCUGUUCCUCUUUAUUCCCUAUGCCCACCACCCUGUUCCUCUGUAUUCCCUAUGCCCACCACCCUGUUCCUCUGUAUUCCCUAUGCCCACCACCCUGUUCCUCUUUAUUCCCUAUGCCCACCACCCUGUUCCUCUGUAUUCCCUAUGCCCACCACCCUGUUCCUCUUUAUUCCCUAUGCCCACCACCCUGUUCCUCUUUAUUCCCUAUGCCCACCACCCUGUUCCUCUUUAUUCCCUAUGCCCACCACCCUGUUCCUCUUUAUUCCCUAUGCCCACCACCCUGUUCCUCUUUAUUCCCUAUGCCCACCACCCUGUUCCUCUGUAUUCCCUAUGCCCACCACCCUGUUCCUCUGUAUUCCCUAUGCCCACCACCCUGUUCCUCUUGUUCUGUUGAAUCCCCACCGCCUGAGACAAAGCCACUUCAAACCGGCCUAGUUCCUCUGAGGACAUAACAACACAACACAUUACAAAAAAAAAUGUUUCUAACCAUUACAACUCUAAUGAGCAAACUCAUUGAUGAACAAGAGCAACGUCUUUUAUGAAUCAGCUCCAUUCAUUACUUUUCUCUUUCCUCUCACAACAACACAAUGACCAAUUGUCUAAGAGGUAUUAAUGUUAUGGUAAUAAGUGAACAUCUGAAAAACAUCUGUGAUGGUUAGGACUGCAUGGGAUGUGCUGGCAGCUGUGUCCCUGUUUCUAGGUUCCUAUAACUAUGGACGACACAAGCGACACGGUCCCAUGUCAGGGGAGUGGAGGCGGAGGGUAGAAAGUGUACGAUUGACAAUCAUUUCAAGUGAAUGUGUAAUUUCCUCCCCUCAGGCCACCUCCCUCCCAGCGCUAACCUAUCAGGUUACAGGAAACACAUUCUCCCCUAGCGACAGGCAGGAAUAACACACAAACAUUAGACAGUGAUUGGGCCUGUCACUGGACAGUGAUUGGGCCUGUCACUGGACAGUGAUUGGGCCUGCCACUGGACAGUGAUUGGGCCUGUCACUGGACAGUGAUUGGGCCUGUCACUGGACAGUGAUUGGGCCUGCCACUAGACAGUGAUUGGGCCUGCCACUAGACAGUGAUUGGGCCUGUCACUGGACAGUGAUUGGGCCUGCCACUAGACAGUGAUUGGGCCUGUCACUGGACAGUGAUUGGGCCUGCCACUAGACAGUGAUUGGGCCUGCCACUGGACAGUGAUUGGGCCUGCCACUAGAUAGUGAUUGGGCCUGUCACUGGAUUUAAAUAUCUCCUUUCCCUCUCCUCUUGGCUGGAUGUCUGAAUGGCGCCUCUCCCUCCCCCCCUCUCCUUAAAACUCUGGUUGAGGAUUCAGAAUAUGAAAAUGGGACAUUUGCAUGUUAUUCUGAAAUGUUAACUGCAUUAAAUUAAAUGUACAGAGUAUCAAACCUGAUCAGGCCUAACAAAAAAAACAAAUGAUGAUGAUAACUGACUUGAAGCUCAUGUCUUCUCCUGCCCUGUAGACUGUAGAAGUGUCUGUGUCUCAGUAGUACCUACUGUUCCUCCAAGAUGGCGCCCUACUCCUCUAAAUCAUCUAAAUCCUCUAUCUCCUCUAACUCCUCUAAUUCCUCUAAAUCCUCUAACUUCUCUAA